AUGGGAUCGGAGAGGAGUACUUACGAAGAUCUCGCUAGGAGGCAACGCAACGGCGAGCUGAAAGAGGCAGAGCAUCGCCCAGAAUAUCGUCGCCAUGGAUGUCCGCAUCUUCGUUUUGCUUUGCUGAUUCUUGCAAUAUGCUCCGAGUUUGUCUGGCUUGCUGGCUUCCUUUUCUGGACGGGAGCAACUCAAAAGAAGAACAAAACAAGCUCGCUCACGGAACUGCUUUGUCCGAAAAUGCGACUCCAACACGCGGCCGCGCACUCUCCAACCAUGGAUGUCUUAUAUUCCAAGCAAGGUGGCACAGGUGGUGUCUGA